AUGCGCUGGCCCUUUAAGGGGGGGACGGAGCGCAUGCGCGGCGCGGCCGGAGUCGAACCGGGUGGGCGGCGGGAGGGCAAGGGACCCGGCGGGCAGCAGCCGGGCCGCAGCCGGGCCGCAGCCGGGCCUUGGCGCGGCGGGGUUGGCAGCGGCGACCCCAGCCUUGCCGAGCCGCCAUCUGCCCGUGGGCUCGGGGUCAGCAGGCUGCUCCCCGGGGGCCAGCGCCGCCCGCGCCCGCCCGGGCUUUGUCACUCGCCUCCAGCUACAUCCGCCGGCCGUGGCUGCGCGAGCCCGAGGCUUGCCCUCCCCGCCCCGCGGUCCUCCUUCCAUCCCGCAGCCGGGCAGCGGGAGCCCGAGCCGACAGCCACGGAGCAUCCUCCGCCCGCCCCGGCCGCGCCACCGCCCAUGCUGCAGCCGGCCUGGGGCAGCGACCCCGCGGCCGGAGCCCGCCGCUCGGUGACCGCGGACUGGCCCCUGUGCGCCGCCCGAGCCGGUCCCUCUGAGCUCCGGGCCCUGGCGCGGGAACCGCGCCCCGCGAUGGCUUGGCUGGCGCCGUCCGCCCGCUGA